UAUAGUUAGUUAGGUUUCUCACCAAAUAUGCAAAGUCCAUUAUUACAACUACAAGAGUGUUGUUAGAUUUAUAUUUUGGACGGAGCUUUCAAUUUAUCCACCCUCGUUUCCAUCGACAAACACACCAAUAUACACAUUCACACUCUUCCAAAACCCCAUUCAUUCAACACAUUCCGAUUCCAUUGUUCCUUCAUUCUUUCAAUUCACAGAUACGAAAAUGGAGGCAACAAUGUCCGCGUGCAACUCUCUUACUUCACCGUCCUCCGUUCCCGUCGUCACAGGUUUAUUUGCGGCGAGAGGAGGAUUCAACAAGAGUUUGCAUUCUCAGUGUAGUUUCUUAUCGGGAUCGAACAAGGUGAAGUUUCCGAGCCAAAUUACUCGACCUUGUAAGCAACGCCGAACACCUCAUUCUGGUGCUCUUCGUGUGACUUGUCGUGAGCCAAAGAUCUUGGUCGCGAAUAGAGGCGAAAUCGCUGUUCGUGUUAUUCGUACUGCUCAUGAAUUAGGGAUUCCUUGUGUUGCUGUUUAUUCCACAAUUGAUAAGGAUGCUCUUCAUGUUAAAAUGGCUGAUGAAGCUGUUUGCAUUGGUGAAGCUCCCAGUAGCCAAUCGUAUUUGCUGAUUCCAAAUGUUUUGGCUGCUGCUCAUAGCCGCAAAUGCACAAUGUUGCAUCCUGGAUAUGGUUUCCUUGCUGAGAAUGCUGGGUUUGUUGACAUGUGCAUAGCACAUGGAAUUAAUUUUAUUGGGCCUGAAUCUAGCAGUAUUCGGGUUAUGGGUGACAAAGCAACUGCAAGAGAAACAAUGAAGAAAGCAAAUGUUCCUACUGUUCCAGGAAGUGAUGGGCUUUUGCAGAGCACUGAAGAAGCUAUCAGGCUGGCACACGAAAUUGGUUUCCCUGUGAUGAUCAAGGCAACCGCAGGUGGUGGAGGACGAGGUAUGCGUCUUGCUAAUGUACCUGAGGAGUUUGUGAAGUUAUUACAGCAAGCUAAGAGUGAGGCAGCUGCUGCGUUUGGAAAUGAUGGGGUUUAUUUGGAGAAGUACGUUCAAAACCCAAGGCACAUUGAGUUCCAGGUUCUUGCUGAUAAAUAUAAUAAUGUUGUUCACUUUGGAGAGCGUGAUUGCAGUAUCCAGAGGCGUAAUCAAAAACUGCUUGAAGAAGCGCCAUCUCCCGCAUUGACCCCAGAGUUACGGAAGGCAAUGGGAGAUGCAGCAGUUCAAGCUGCCGCAUCUAUCGGGUACAUAGGUGUUGGAACGGUUGAGUUCCUUUUGGAUGAAAGAGGUUCUUUUUACUUCAUGGAGAUGAACACUCGUAUCCAGGUUGAACAUCCCGUCACAGAAAUGAUUUCGUCCGUUGAUUUGAUAGAAGAGCAAAUUCGUGUAGCUAUGGGCGAGAGGCUUCGAUACAAACAGGUACUAAAGGAGAUAUUUCCCUUGAAAUUCUUUAGAAUCUUUCUCUUAUCAUGGUUUUUCCUACAGGAGGAUAUUGUGCUAAGAGGACAUUCUAUUGAGUGCCGUAUCAACGCAGAAGAUGCUUUUAAGGGAUUUAGACCAGGGCCAGGUAAAAUUACAGCAUACUUGCCGUCUGGAGGUCCAUUUGUCAGAAUGGAUAGCCAUGUUUAUCCUGAUUAUGUCGUUCCUCCAAGUUAUGAUUCCCUUCUUGGAAAGCUGAUUGUAUGGGCUCCGACUAGAGAAAAAGCAAUUGAACGUAUGAAAAGGGCACUCGAUGACACGAUUAUCACAGGAGUUCCUACAACUAUUGAUUAUCAUAAACUUAUCCUUGACAUAGAGGAUUUCAAAAAUGGCAAGGUUGAUACUGCUUUUAUUCCAAAACACCUGGAUGAGUUGGCUGUGCCCCCACAGGCGAAGAUGGUAUUAGUUAACAAGGUGACAGAUCUUAACAAUGCGACAGAUCUUAACAAUGCGACAGAACCAGCUGCCUUGACUGCCUGAUGGAUAUGACUAUAUGAUGCCAUCCCUAUAAGGAUUUUGCAUUGUUGUAAUCAAUAUGUAGUCCGUGCGCGUGCUUGUGAAAGUUCUAAUGAAAUUUUGAUAACGAGUCUCCCACAAUUAUCUGAUCAAUAAUUAUAUUGUAAAAUGAAUUAACUAUUUUAUGUUUGAUUGAUCCGUAAAAGCAUUAGUGCAAGGUUAUGGGAUUUUACAAUUGUUUUUUAGAGGAUCUGUCUCAUUUCAUGUUUGUAAUUCUUGUAUUAAGAACACAAUUUUAGAUAGUAAUAAACUACAUCAUAUUUAUUACUA